CACACACAAACAUACAAGAAUCGGAGCAGAUGCACAACCACCAGGCAGCAGCGAGUCUGUUCAGUGAUCAUGGAGCAACAAGACAAAGCUCAGACUGGAGACAUGAACACGUCUGUACGAGAGGAAUGUGGGAGCAGAUUAACUAAAAAACAGUUUCACAACUGAUGGGAAACAAGGAAGAAAAGAAAAAGAAAAGAAAAAGAGGACGGAGCCAACGGUGAACCUACUCUAAUACCAUCCAAUGGAGAUGAAACCAGCGGUAGAGUUCAGUGUAAGUUUUUAUAUCUCCAUAUUCUUGUUUUAUGUUUGGCAAUGUUGUCUUUACAUGAAGAAAAAUUUAAAGAGAGUAAUUAUCUUACAACCCCGUGAUUUAGUCAUCUAUUUUUUGUUGUGGCAAAAAAUGUGACUCUCUAACUUUUUAAGCUUUUUGUCCCUUGAAUUUAAAACAGAAUAUAUCAAAGUUGUUCGGUUUAGCUUUAGUUUUGCAACCGUUCUCUAUCUGUAUGCUCACUACCCAACUACUCAGAAAAAAAAAUCAAUACUUAAAACGUUCAUGUGGCUGAGUAAGUCGACUGUAAAAAAUGUGGGGAGUGUAAACAGAUAGGGGAAAAGAUUUUAAAGGCUAAAAUCAUUUUCAAGGUUAGGGUAGUUUUCAGCAACCCCCUCCCACCGUGCCCAUCCCACCCCUCCCACUCCCAGCUGUCGAUUAUCCCUGCAGGCUUCGCAUCGAUUUUUCAGCACUGGACAGCUCCUAUGGCCUCAAUGAAACCAACACACGUCACAGCUGGUGCUUAGUUUGCAAACUGCCCCGUCAUAACUUCUGCUUGCACUGUGUAAACCAUUGAUUGGCAUUUAAAGCUUCCUACUGCAGUGAUGCAUGUGCAAUGAUGGAAACUUCACUUUUAGCUAUGUGGUUUUCAAUAACACGACAUACACAUUUCUGGAUUGUCUUUUUGACUUGUCACACAAGUUUUCCAGUCUUUCAUGCUUGUCCAUCAGUCUGAGCCUAAUCUGUUUAUCAUGUUUUCAACAAGUUAGUUUUUAUGGUUCAAAUUUUAACUUCAUAUUGUCGAGGUCCUAUUUUUAGGUAAGACACAUUGUCAGGGGAAGCCAGCUAUGAGAUUUAUUUGGGCGGCGACAAGGUUGAGUUUGCCAUUUUAUAUAUUUUACUAUACGCAAAUUUAUCACGUCUUUACCUAAAUAAACAAAACCAGAUGUUUGAGGAUAAAAAAUAACUAAUAGUUUCAAACUAAGAACUUAGUGCUCCUCUGCUCAGCAGUUAUCUUUUAUUUGUUUAUUAUUAAACAGUCCCAGCGGUCCCUGUUAAAUGUUAAGCACCAACAUGUGAAUAUAAAAGUGCAUUUUUUUCCAGUGUCAGAUGUAUUAUAAAAACAUUGUUACCUUUACAUCUUAAAGUCACUUAGUAAAAGCCACUGUGAGGAUUAUCAAACCAUUGAUUUGUUCAUGAACUGAAUCCUAUCUAUAGGUAAGAUUUUAAUCCGUUACAUAAUAAAAUGUACAAUAUUUGUGUUUGAAAUAGGGUGGAGUAGAUAAAUAAAACGGCUGCAACUAAAAGUAAAGCAGUGAGAGGCAUCUUCACUGAGGUCAUAAAUGUAAUUAUCACUGUUCAGUUGCUUCUUUUGCGUCGAUUCCUUUAGUAUUAUUUCUAGUUUAAGGUUAAUUUACAACAACAGCGUAGAAAACACGAUAAAGUGACCAAACUGCUCAGUAAUAAAGGACUAAUCCGGUGUAAACACAUGGUAGAACAGAUGAGAAAUAAAGAGAAGACAGAGAUCAAAUGAACCAUUGAUUAACAAAAACACAGUAAUUACAAACAAGAUAAAAUUAUGCCAUCAGUUACAAGAUAAAAAGAUUCUUAAAUAGUCGAUAAGUAACUCAAAAUCUGGAUCUACAGCACCACUGCUCUGUCAUCUCUAGCUUGUGUGUGGUUGUGUGUGUGUGGGAUGACAAAAGAUACACUCAAAAUAAAUUCACAACACUAAAAAUAUGCGAAAUUUCCUCUUUUUUUGUGACUCAGAAAGUUAGAGAGAGUAUGCAGACUCGCUGGGGGCCAUCUUUAAAUGUCAGCUCUAAGUAAACGUGACUCGCAGAGAAACAAAGAAGAAACACGAGUAACACCUCCGAUAAGCAGAGCAUGAACAAAAACAGCUCUCCAAGACACCUUUUCACACGGUCUUUUCCCUGUUACACUGCGUUCACACUGAGAUUGUAGGUUGUGUUUUAUCAUGCUUACCGAGUGUAUAACUCUGUGUCUCGCCUCACAUGUUGGGAGUGACAUUCCCUGACGUAAUAAUCUCUUCAUCUUAAUCUGUAUCUUUUCUCACCACUCAUUAAAUAUGAUGACCUCAUACCUGUAAACCCCUCUCUGCACCGUCGUUCGCUUCUUCCUGUCUUAUUCCCUUAUUUAUUUCUUAUUCUUUUUAUUUUUUGUCGUCCUCUCUUAUCCCUCCUCCCUCCCCUUCUCACAUCAUCAGAUGUCAGAUUACUCACAAGGAUUUAAGCCAGGUCACACAGCAACCGCCAUCCACCUUUUGUAUUGUUUGGAUUUGGAGAUUAAGGGUUGAAGUAAUCUGCUAUUUGAAAAGGGCUUCCUCCGUCCUUUCCUUUGUAUUGGAUUACGCUAUAAUGUCAGUAUACGUCAGUAUAUUUCCUCUGACGUGUUUGAAUAGGAGCUACAUCAGGCACGAGAGCACUUCUCAGGAUCCUCCACACAUUCUCUCUCUAAAGUAGCACUCUGAAAUUUUUGUUGGUACUCCAGGAUUUGGUGAAUUUUUUGUGUUUAAGGGUCCAUGAUACACUCCAGUUUUCAUUUCCUUUUUACUGCUACUCCUAACCAGCCAUCUCACACACUUAAACCAUCAUCUCGCAUGCAACACAUUAAAUCAGCUCCACAGAAAGUGCAGAGAUGUUCCUAUGGAGACAGCUAAAACUGUAACUUUGAUCAGCCAUUAAUUAGUGCCACUUCUCCCCAGAGGACUCUAUCAUCUUGGAAAAAAAAGAGAGAUCUGACACCCAGAUACUAAUAACAGCUGGAUGCAGAGAGAUUUACAACCAUGAGAAUUUGCAGGAUAUCUAAAAUCUUAUUUUAGCUAUCAUGCACAUAUAUUUAUAGAAAUACGAUCUUGGGUAGGUCACAGAUGAUGAAAUAAACGACCCAGAAAUGCCAGUAAAAUUGGUGUCAAGAAGCAACACAAGCUAGAAUAAGAGUUUCUGUAACUUUAGACAUUGUAGUUUGUUCUGGCUAAACGUUAGCCGAUGUGAUGGACUUUUCUGCAGCUUUGACAUUGUCAUUCAGAAGAAUUAAUCAUGACUUUAACCUGUGAAAUCCUACAUUUUCUUGUCCAUAUGGGCCUGAAAGCCCAGCUCUAUCGGACAUCAGUGUACAGCACAGUGUCUAGGGAAGGAGCUGUGGUGUUUGGUAACUUUUGUCAUUUGUAUAAAAUUAUGUAACUCUGUACGGUGUCUUUGUUGUUUUGACAACCUGUUGGUUCUCAUGGCAACAGCACAUUACUAUUACAAAACAUCAUAUUAUCAGAUGUUUUGCCUUUUUUUUUUGACUGGAUAGGUAGGCAAAAGGGAGAGUUGAUUCAACACCUCUCAAACCUUUUAACAACAACUGAACCCUUUCAGCUUUUCAAAGCUUAACAAACAAGUACUGUCCCCACAAGCUGUCAGCUCCAGCCAGUAAUGAAUGCCAGAAAUGAAAUUUUAAGUUUUGUUUAUAUGGAGAUUUCAUUUUGACAGAGGUAACACUGUACACUAGUGUUAAAGUCGAUGACAUAAGAUACAAUAAACUCUGCUGUACGACUUCACAAAGCACCACAGUAAAUUUCCUAUUUACACCUCUAAGUAAAUACAACAAAUUUUGUAUAACUCCUCAUCCUGAAAGCAGCUAAUGCACAUUUUUAUUUUCAUUUAUUCUCUUGAUGUUUGGAACAAUGAGAUGCUUUCACAAGAUCACAAAAGGAGCAAAAUAUAAGUGUUAAAAAGGCUGAAUUGGAUUUGCAGUAAAAGGAGAAAAAGCCUUCAAUCUAAGGAAAUAAAAGAAAUCUGCAAAACCGAAUUUACUUUGUCUAAUUUUUUCACUAAUUUAAAACAUGAAAUUUAAAAAAUAAAGAUAAAAUCAAAUGUUUGGCAUUAAACUAGACUGGUAACAUAAUGAAAAAGUGAUUCUUAUGAAAGCAGUGUUGCCCUUCAGUAAAUAUAUCGUUUAAUAUGUGUGGACAAACAAACCAACAUAUGAACUGUGUUGUGUUGUUUUGGUCGCACACAUGCUGCUGCUGGUGUGGGGGCUGACCUGGGUGAACCGGCAUGUUGGCUGCCGUCUUUAAGGACUCUGCGAGAAAUUGUUGUCUUCCACGUAGAGGACUCUUUCCUCCAGCUGUGGAAGUCAUCGGGCUGACGUAAUCAUCUGCCCUUUUGGGAUUAUACAGUCUAAAUCGCCCUUCAUCCGGCCAAUCAGCAGCCAGAUCGUAACAUCUGUCCUUGGUGUAACAGGAAUAGGAGUCUGGAAGGAUCACACACACAACAGAGGGUAGCACACAACACACAUUACAUGACAUCAAAUCCCAUCAAAUCUGUAUGUGUGUGCUUGUGUGUUGACUUGUGUGAGUGUUUCUGUUUGUGUUCGUCAUUGACGAGACGCUGAUAUUGAACAAAGGCUCUUAAAAUGCAGUUGUCAGAAAUUUCCCCAAGACGACUCUCGAUUUAAGCAGCCCUGUAAACUCAUUUAUAUACCAAAGUGAUUCACACACAUUGACACAUAGACCACCGGUGCCAUUUUGUAUUGCGUGUGGUCGUCCUUCUAUUGGUUAUGCAACCUGGUACUUUUUGGUUCUCCUGUUCCCCAGCGUGCUGACAUAAUAAGCCACGCACCCUCCAACCUUGUCAUCAGGCCAAAUAGCAGAUCAAUUGUUCCUCUGACUGUAGAUUACCACUGAUUCAUCUCUUUUUAGACCUCUGCCCCCCUCCACUGCCUGUCUGGUUUUCCACCCCUGGUUGGCCUGAAGGUCCCUAAGGCUAACCACUAGCAAAGCCCCGAUCAAUUAGCUUUCAUUACACAUAUCUGUCUGGUCUGCCCCGUGCAUUAAGGCACAGCCAAGACUCGCAGAGGGAAAUUUUUGAUUUUUUUGAUUCUUUGCCAGACAAGCAGGACUCUAUGGUCUCAUCCUCUCAGUUUGUUCAAACUGAUAAAAAUAAGAUUAUUAGAUAAAUGGUAAUUUUUUUUUAUUUACAUGAAUUCAUUGUCCUUUUUUCCAACAACAGAUUUAAAUGCUGUGUUUUCAAGGAAAAUAUCUCAACAACUUUUCUCUCAUUGAACAAACAUUGGCCCAUUUUAAUGUCCAAAGCGGUAUUAGCUCGUAAACAUUUGUGACUGUCCUUUAACCCUUGAGAAGUUACCUGAAUUUGUUCAGAGCAAUAACACACUUAGUAUCUUCUUCAUGGUGUCCAUGUUUUUCUAUUUAAAUCUAAUGACUAUAUUAGGUCAUAUCAGGGACUUUCAUCAUCAGGAAUAUGUCAAUGCAGGAUUCAUAUUGGAGCAGAUGUUAUUGGUCAUUGUUUACACUGUAAUCUGUCUCUUAACAGAUAAAAGAUAUUGUCAGUAAUUAGUCACUUAAAUGUACGAUUAUUUAUCAAGAAUGCUGCUGACCUCUUGGCCAGGUCACCUCUCAAUUGAUUAUUAUUUCGUCAAAUAAAUGUUAAUUUAAAAAGUAAUUUUAAAACAAUUCUGUCUUAUCUAGGUUUAUUCAUAUUUAUGUGAUUUUAAUCCUUUUUGUUCUCUGUUUACAGAAAAUGUAUUACAGGAAGGCAGCACUGCUAAUACACUCAAGACAGACCUGAGCUCAUACCACCACCCUGUUCAGCAACAGUACUUUAAUGGUUGGAACUGCCCGCCCCAACCUACAUUACUGCCCUCGCAGACACAGCCUGAUGAUCACCGGUGCCAUGGGAGCGGUGCGGGUCAACAGGUAAGAGAGUGUUCCUGAUAAACCUAUUUCACUGCUGCUUUAUUGGAGAAAAGAAAGAAAGAAAGAAAGAAAGAAAAAAAGAAAGAAACAAAGAAACAAAGAAAGAAAAAGAGAAAAGUUAUUCAUGGUUUUGUCAGAAAGCAAAAUUCAGAUGAAAUUGAUGAUAUAUUUAAAAAAUGUUUACAUUAAUCCAUUUGCAUUCACUCUUUAAAUUGAAAGGUUUCCAAAAUAACUACAAUCUGUAAAAAAGCUUUUGACAGUGUACUAAAAAUUUAUAUGAAAGCUUUUUGCUGUCUAAAGGAAAUACCUCUUUAAUUUUAAAAAACACAGAAAAACAUAUGGUCCAUUUCAAAUGGCCAUGAAAAUAUAUAUAUACCUGUCACAAUGCUGAUCCAGUGUGUGUGGAAGAAUUAUUCUAAAUAUUUCAACAGAUCCUGUCGUUAAUUUUUUUUAUAUCCUCUGAAACCAAGCCACCGUUAAAAGUGUAUACAUCAAUUAAACACAAUACUUCCCUGGGUCUAAGCUAACUGCAUUGUAUGGUUAUUAUUGCCUUCAAAUCAAAGGAGCACAGUACUUAAUGUCUAGAAGUAUCAAAGGCAUGGUUGACGAUUGGAGAAAUUGGUAAUUAUUAUGAACCUUGUUUAUAUGGUGAUCAUGGUACUAUAGUGCAAUCUCCACAAAGUAGCAGUAGCAGUAGUAAGCGUAGCAGCUUAGCUACAGGAGCUGUGAUGGAGAAGGACGGACAAAAACAGAGAAAAGGGCAGAGACGAAGAGGAAAUGUGAGCAAGCGAGGAAUCUAAUGUUCAACUGCUCCUCCAAUAGUCAACCGUGCCUUUAAGUUAUUAAAAGAAAAUGUUCAGAUUAACAGUGUAUUAAAUGUAUCAUUUAAAAUUCUGGAUUUCAAUGAAGUUCAGGCUGAGUAUUUAUAAGCAACAGUUUCUUUAUUAAUUUUGGAGAAGUGAUGUUCAAACAACCCAAGUCAAAGUUAUUUAACAAAUGAAUGAGAUGGUGCUCAUUUACUUUUUAUCCUGAUGCCUCCAUAAGUUAUGCUAAAAAGUCAAAUGGCUUUUGAAAUACAGCCAAACAUGGUCACUUUAGUUUUGAAGUGUUGGCUUUUUCACUUAGAAGUGCUAAUUUUCUCUUCUGUGCUUGUAGGUACAGCAUCGUUUCCACAGAUGAGGAUGUCCUGAAGAUCUCCAGCCUCGGCCUCCACAAUGGCCACAGUCCUCUGGCUCAGCAGACACUGUCAGGGGCCUGUAUGCAGGGUGAAGAUGAUGGCGACGAGUGUCCGGGAAGUGACGAGGGAAGAGGAGCUUUGUCUUUAAGGGUGGCAAAUGAGCCCGUCCUGCACAAAAGCUGCCGUGAUUCGCCCUCAUAUCGACUGGGCCUGGAUCUGAGUGUCGGCCGCCUGCGCAGCCGCUUUGUGAAAAAGAAUGGUCAGUGCAAUGUCGUGUUCAACAACAUGGAGGAUAAGCCUCGGCGAUACCUUGCUGACAUUUUCACCACUUGUGUGGACAUACGCUGGCGUUACCUGCUGCUUAUUUUCACCACUACCUUCCUCCUAUCUUGGCUGUUGUUUGGCUUCAUCUUCUGGGGAGUGGCGCUUGCACAUGGAGACUUUAACAUUCAUACCCCUGUGACAGAAGGAGAUUCUCGAGGCAGCGCGGAUGAUGAGAAAGAAGAAUGGCGGCCAUGUAUUCUCCACAUCCAGGGUUUCAUUGGGGCAUUCCUCUUCUCCAUCGAGACCCAGACCACCAUUGGAUAUGGUUUUAGGUGUGUCACAGAAGAGUGUCCAAUCGCUGUGGUGACUGUAGUAGUCCAGUCCAUCAUGGGCUGCAUUAUUGACUCUUUCAUGAUUGGUACCAUCAUGGCAAAGAUGGUGCGCCCAAAGAAACGGGCACAAACCUUGCUGUUCUCACAUCACGCUGUCAUCGCUCUGCGAGACGGUAAGCUGUGUCUCAUGUGGCGCCUGGGGAACAUGCGCAAGAGCCACAUUGUAGAGGCACAUGUUCGCGCUCAGCUCAUUAAGCCCCAUGUGACUGCAGAGGGCGAGUACCUCCCUAUGGAGCAAACGGACAUUGAUGUGGGCUAUGAUGAUGGGCUGGACCGCCUGUUUCUGGUGUCCCCUCUAGUGGUGGUCCAUGAGAUCAACAAGAACAGUCCCCUGUACAACUUGAGCCGUGAAGACCUGCAGAAAGAGGAAUUUGAGAUUGUGGUCAUCCUGGAGGGGAUGGUGGAGGCCACAGCCAUGACCACUCAGGCUCGAAGCUCCUACUUGGCCAAGGAGAUCCUCUGGGGUCACCGCUUUGAGCCUGUGGUCUUUGAGCAGGGUGACCGCUACCACGUGGACUAUUCUCGCUUUCAUAAGACCUACGAAGUGCCAUCCACGCCUAACUGCAGUGCCAGAGAACUGAGCCAGAUGAUGGGUAGGGGCAGGCAGUCAUCAUCUUCUAGCUCAAGUUAUUCCAAGUCCCCCUCCCCGUUUGCCCCCAGGGCGGCCCGCCACCUGUUGGGUCCUCACUCCCCCAGUGCAUUCUGCUAUGAGAAUGAGGUAGCACUGUGCUGUGGGGAUGACGAGGAUGAUGGGGGCAUUAAAGACGAGGCGGGGAGCAUGAUUGUAAGAAGUGAUAGAGACAUAAAAAUGAGAGAGGACAUUCACUUGGGCUUCAAAGAGACAUUUGUGGAGCAGCAGACGGUGGAGAUGCUUUGUGUUCUGGACUCAGAGAAUCAGAUCAGCCUUGACAGACUACAGCCCACCCUACCUUUAUACAUCAGCAGAGAGUCAGGAGUUUAAUCAGUAUGAAUGGUUGCCCCUCCAUGUCUUUCCUCUCUUUGCUGGUGUGCAUCCAACUAAAGUAGUGAACAAAUGUGAAACACAAAGAUGGCGGACUGAGGAUUUUGGGUACGAGAGACAUGUUUUUCUUUUUUCUUUUCUUUUCACUUUUUUUGCAGAUGCCACAAAGUCCGCUCCUCAUAAACUCAUGUCAUGCACUGAUUUCAGAAAUGGUGCAUUUACAGUUUUAAGGUCAGCAUCUGAACAACGCACAACUCAUUCAUCUUCAAACAUGUUGGCUAGUUUCUUCUCUCAGUUCAGGAGGUAUCUUGUAUAGCGUUACUCAAUAUGAAAGUAUAAUCUACAGUUGAGUCGAGCUGUUUUUUCUUGAUUUCAUUCAGUUUUUGUAAAUAUGCUUUGUCUAACUUUUAAAAUGAUUAUACAUCAUAUACAGAUAAACAGUAAGGGAGAAAAUGUUGUUUAUAAUAAGGGGAACAAGACAAAACUGCUCAGCUCUGACACAAUUUAUUUUUCCUGUGUAAAAAUAAAUAAUUUCUUUAUUUUAAUCAUCUGUUUUCCUGCUUUAUUUGUGUUAUUUUUUGGAUUAAAUAAAGAAGCUAUUUUGUUUCUCAAAA